GCGAGUACGUCCCGGCAACACUACGGCUUCGGAUCUCGUUUUGGAUUUCGUGUUCCCAGUGCUGUGGUACAUAUUUGGCGCGCAUUCAAGACUCGCGAUGAGGAUUGUGAUCGUGACAGCUGUUAUUGCCGUUCUGGCGACCGUGGUGUCGGCCGGAUAUCUCGGUGGAUACGGAGGCUAUGGUGGUGGCUAUGGAUUGGGCCACGGUGGUGGCUACGGCGGUGGCUACGGAUUGGGACAUGGAGGUGGCUUUUCUUCGGCCAUUACGCACCAAUUUGACAACCAAAAGGCGGCGCCGCACUACGGCGGUGGCUAUGGCGGUGGCUACGGCGGUGGCUACGGCGGCGGAUACGGUGGCUACGGUGGAGGCUAUGGCGGCGGCUACGGAGGAGGCCUGGGACAUGGUGGAUACGGCGUGGUCAUCGGCCUCGGCCAUGGAGGAUACGGUGGACAUGGCUACGGGGGAGGACUCGGCUACGGUGGUCUGGGCUUCGGACACGGCUACGGAUUGAAGGGAUGAACGACGGAUUUUGACUCGUAGAAAGAAAACUCGGGGCCAACGCACGUUCUGCACUGCUACUUCUGUAAAUUAUUGCCUACUCCUUUCAAAUGAUCUGUCACUUCCCAUCACAAGUCAUGUGUUGUGCGUCAUUCGAUUGUACAAAAGUCCUAAAAUAAAAGUACACGUGGAAACAUU